ACAGGCUUAGAUCUAACAGCUGCGAACCUGACUGAGGGAAGGAGCUGCGAAGGACGAGGGGUCGACAUCAGAGCGCAAGGACGGCGGGUCGAGAGGGCAGGGAAGAGAAGGGACAAGGGAGGUGCUCAUUAUCAUGGAGGACUUGUUGGAGGAUAUUCGAACUCCGCCAAUGCCAUUGGUGGCAUUGGUAGGGAUGCCCGAUUUGCAUCCUCAAAUCAGUCACUACUUACGAGUGGAGCAACCCUCACUGAGCUCUCUUUCUGUACCGGAUUAUGGAGGAGUCGUGGCACUGCAGGGGAAAGAUAGACGGCCAUUUGACGCGCGAAUGCCUCCUCCUCUGGGAAUUGUGAAGGCGGGCUGGCUUUCUAAACAUCGGCAUCGAUGUCCUGCAGUGAUUGCCAUUUUCUUUGAGACGGAACGGGUCUUCGGGGACGGAACACAGUGGAUGUCCGUUUGCUCGCAAUUCGAUUCCAUCAGAGCGAGCCUUUCACGAGGGCGUCCUACAAAGCUUGUCGUGUGUAUUGUUCAGCAUGUGCCAGGGGUCGUUAAUGAGGAGAGAGCGAUUGCAUUGAAGAAGCGCGGCGACCUGGACCCUCGUUGUUGCAUGCUGUUUGUCACGCAUGACCAGGUCGACCUCAAGCGAUCCUUGAGUAGGUUCGCUUCUGUGGUUUCAGACCUUGCCAGACAGUAUUAUGGAGAGGAAGGACGGAGAAUCAAGACACGGCUAGAGCGAAAAACCUACAGUUCGCCAGAGCUGACAGUGCGCUACAAUUUCAAGGUUGCAGUUUAUUGCGAAUUCCGCAGGGAUUGGAUGGCGGCCGUGAAGUAUUACACGAAUGCGUACUCGGCGCUCAUGGAGGUGAUGGGGGCACCUUUGGACCUGCAACCUGUGCAGAGAAUGAUGGAGUUGAAGAUGGUUGCAGAGUUGCUGAACAUGAAGGCGUGCACUCUGCUGCUGCAUUUGGGAAAUUCAGAGGAAGCCCUGAAGCAGUUUCGUAGGCACAUUGUCGCUUUCCAACACCUCAUAGGCGAAGGGGGGGAGUUCCUUCACUGGGCAUGGGUAGCACGGCAGUUCCGACUGUUUGGUGAAAUCCUCCAGCAAAGAUUUUCACAGGCUUUGCAACCUGGAUUCGCUGUCAAUCCGACGGACAGAGAAAUCCAACCAGCAUACUAUUUCAAGAUUGCAGCAAGGUACACCAGUAAGAGGAGGAAGGCCUAUGAAGAUGCACUGAUCCUAGAAUCAUUUGCAGUGGAGGAGGAGGAGGAUGUCCUGGACGGAUCCCCUGACAAGAUCGGCCUUCCUCUCUAUGUUGGUCAACCCCCACGGAUUCUCAGUCGGGGAACCACACCAGACUUACAGAGGCCAACAGAAGCCGAGUACGUGCGGCAUAUGCUUCAACUGGAGAAGAAAGUGCCGCACACGAUGGAGGUGAUAGAGCUUCUGACAAAAGCCCGGGAACAGUAUAAGCGACUGCAUGGGCAGCGGACAAUGCAUGAGAUUGUGUUCGAGAUCGGCCGUGAGUACUACUAUGCGGAAGAUUACCUUUCUGCGAAGCAGGCAUUUGACUCAGUUAUUGUGCUGUACAGGAAGGAGGGUUGGGUUCUACUUCUAGCUGCAAGUUUGGCACACUUGAGAGAGUGUGCCAGACAUCUUGGGUUACGGCAAGAAUUCAUGGAAUAUUCACUGGAGUUUGCAUCACUCCCUCUACCAAAGGGGCAUGACGACGACGGGGAUGAGGAGUUUGAUGCACUGGCAGUUGUCAAUGCGAGAUUUGAGCAAUCUCACUGUCUAUCAGUCUAUCGAGAGGUUAUGGGUAUGCUACAAGGAUCGAGAACCAUCAAGGGGUUGGAGGGAGGUCAGGAAUGGGCAGUUGAUGAGAAUCACCCGGCCGACUUUGCUAUGGGUGAAGCCAGUCCUCUGUGUGUGGUUAUGGCAGCUGUGGCAACGUUUCACCAGAGAACCGUGCGCCCACAUGCGAAAGCGCGCCUGACUAUCGCUGUUUUGACCUAUCUGCCAGAAGAUCUCAAUCUUACUGAGGUUGAAGUGGUGUUUGGCGACCCGUUGUUCGGCUGCACUCUGCUUGCAGGAGAGAAGCCGGAGGGUGACGAGAGCGAUGAAGACCAAGGAGAUGGGGAUGCACGGAUGCUGGAUAAACCGAAGGCCGAUAGGCGCUGGGGCUACGAUCUCACUUUACGUCCCCGUGAGUGGAAGCACUUGACACUGGAGGUUGACGUCGGGGAGGCUGGCCGGGUGGAGUGUGUGGCAAUCAUUGCAAGGAUCACUCCUCAUACAACCUUGUCUUGUCAGGUUGAUAUGUUGGGAUCUGAGGUACCGUCAAUUUGGACAUUUGAGCCAGGUGGUAAUAAGCCACCUUUCAAAGACACGGAUGAGGGCUCCCUUGGCCAGCGAUGGGUGGAAGUCGAAGAGCCCGAAGUUAGAGUUGCCGUUGAAAUUGACUGCUCUGGUGUUGGGGUGGUUGGCGAGGCCCUUCCUGUUCGUGUGGGUGUGAGGUCGAGGGGGGAUAGGGUGAAGGCAGGAACAUUACAGCUGCAACUCAGUCCGAUUGUGGGAGUUGAUGAUGGAGGGGCAAAUGAGGCUGGCACAGGGAGCGCCUCUGGGAGGUUGGAUAGAGAAAAAGGAACGAGUGGAAGCGUACAACUUAGCCCUGUCAGUGUUAAGGAGGCGGUUGACCUUGAUGGCAUGGUGCCUGCUGAGCUCUUCGUCAUCCCGUCGCAGCUGCUAGAGGAUGAUGGGCCAUCGGAGAAUGGGGGACAGGAAGAGGAGGAGGGACAGGAGGAGGAGAAUGACGAAGAAGGGUGUUUUGUCCCUGUUGUGGGAGCAAUUCAUGUCCCAGGGGUCGCACCAGACUGUGUCUGGAGCACUGUUGUGUUUAUCAGGUGGCGUGCAGCGAUGGGGGUCAGCCUCACGGCUAUGCUGGAGUAUGAGUUGGAAGAUGACAUGGGAUGCUGGAUGAGGGGUUCGGAUAUGUCACCUACUCGCGCAUUGCGCGUCAAAAAGGCUGUGGAGAUAAAGUGUGAAGAACCUUUCAUCACUAGUGCGCGAUUUGUUGGUCUGUAUCGGCAAGAGGCCCUGAUUCCAGGUGUCGUGAUGUCUAGUGGUGGUGGCAUCGCAGGGAUGGGCAGACCGUUGUCAGCGCUUCCGUUGGACAUGAAAAGUUCCUUGAUUGUGACAACUCGAGGAGAAUCGUCAUUAGGAAUUCGGGUGGUAUCAAUUGCUAUCGAUCCAGACGAGAGCGGGGGUUGUGAGGUUUCCUUGCGUGGUGCAGGAGCAUCUGGUACCACCGGUGAUGGCCUGAGAGUUGGCAGGAUUGGCAAAUUAGGAAGCGAAAGUAGUGAUGAGGAUGCAGACGCGUCUGCCCAUCCAGGUGUGGUGAUUGAGGUCGGAGCCAUCUUGCAGAAAGAGGAAACAUUGACGGAGGUAUUCGAUGUGCGGCCGACGAUUCCAGGAUCCAUGGUGCGUGUGGGAACGCUGCGGGUGACCUGGGAGCCCGAUGGUGCGGAUAACGUUUGGGCAUUUGAAAGAUGCUUUGAUCACAGCACUACUAGAAAGGGAAGUACCGACAGUCCGUUCGCUGCUGGCUUCAGCAAUCUCCCACUGGUGGGAGAGAGAGUGGCGGAGGCAAAGAGCGCUGAAAAGGAGAAAGUUCCAACUGGUUUGCCGAUGCAUGCCAGUGAUGGUGGGGAGUCUCCGCAACAGCAAGGUGGGGGAAAUGAACUCUCGUACUUGGAGAAGCUCCGGCGAGUGUGGCAGAGGUUCGGAAGGGUUGUAACGACAAGGGUGGAACUACCGUCUAUGUAUGUAGAGGAUCCUCCUGUCUUGGCCAUGAUGUCUGCACCACCACAUGGUCUUCUGGGUGUUCCCUUCUGUUUGUCUUUAACGAUAAUUAACAGGACCACGGCUCUUCAGGAUGUGUCAUUUUCGGUGGUUGUGGGACAGAGUUUCGUCUUUUCUGGUGCGCAGAGAGGAACAAUGUCCGUGUUGCCAAUGUCUUCCUGCAGGCUUAAGUACUGUGUCGUGGCCGUUGCUUCAGGGAUGUUACAGCUGCCCGCUAUCCGCGUCACCGUGCAGCGGUAUGGGGCUAGUUUGUACCAUACAACCGAGAGCUUGAAGUUGUAUGUGUACCCAGCACCGCCUCGAAUCAAGUCAGCAAAGGAAGGGGAAUGGGAGGGGCAGCCAAAGGAGAGGGGAUCCCUCCAAGAUGGAAGGGAUCACGUGACAGGUGAGGCUGGGAAGGGAACAGCUUCACCGGCAGACGGUGUAUUUUCGCGAGGGAUGACAUCGAAGUUGGGCAUGCCUGGCACACAUUAUGUCGCGGCAAGGCACUUCAUGCAGGGGUCCACGGGUGACAGAUGGGGCACUCGUCGACUUCCACUAAAACAGCACCUACAAGAUGUGGAGAGCAAGCAGCUGGAGCGGAUAGACCAAUACGAGGAACUCCAUGGCGGUGCACCACCUAUGGAUGUGGGUGAUGCAGCAGGAGGGGAGGGCGCGUUGGGUGCCGGUGGUGAGGAAGUGGCAGGGCAUGGGGUGGAUGAUGUGGUCGAUGUCGACGACGUCGCAGCACAGGAGCACGUGCAAGCACCGUACACGCAGUGGCCUGGGAAGGCUGUUGUGGGUGAGAGUUCAGGGAAGAGGAAGGAGAGAGACGCAGAAGGGAGUGCAGGGGCGCGGAAGAGGAUGAGACAGCCUGCCUUAAAGGAUGUGUACGCCUCGCAGUGGCUGGUGGAGCACAGGAAGAGAUUUCUGCGAUUUGUGUACAGCCAGCAGUUACCCUUCAACAUCUUUCGCAGCGACGCAUCGAAGGAGUACAAGAGACACUUUGCUGACUUGCCCGGGCCUUUGAAGGUCUUAUGGUCUUCCGAGAAUGAGAUCGCGGCGAUUAAGACAGUGCGUCAGUCUACGGAUGGCGUUGCUACUGAUCUGAAGGAUGUCAGGGAGCCAUUUUACGUAAGAGGGGUUACGAUCCUUUCAGACGGCAGUCUUGAGAUCACCGGCCCUGGAUGCAACAGGUGCAGAUUGAUAUGGAGAGAGCUCCGCGUACUGCUGAGUGCCACAACGCAGCUCACCUUCAGGAAGGUGCAGGAGCGGUGCCAGAUGAUGACGGAGCCAGCGCACACCGCCGCUUAUCUUUUGUGGCCCAGCUGUCGUGACAUGAGGUACUUCAGUGUGGUGGUCGAUUCAUACCGCGGCAGGAGGACUGCGACGAUGCAUGGGUCGUUGACCCGCCCCAGGAUGCCUGCUCGACGUAUGGAUUUGGACGGGCCACCGUCAGGUGGUAUGGAGGGUGGUGGAGUUCGCAGUGGCACAAAGGCUGUUCGUGCGGAGGGGAUCUGGGCAGCCUUGGGUGUGGGCAUCGCUGGCAAGUCACCAUGCCCUUUCAGCGAUCUAGGGUCUCUUGGGACACCUAGCGUCUCUGGCGAGAGUCUGUUUCGAGGGGGGACAUCUGCCAUGGGCUGUAUCUUGGGGCAAAUUGGUGAGGUUUUGCCGGGUUGCUUCACACCUGGCAUGCGCCAUGAGCUUGGUUUGUCCCCUUUACGAGGCAGGGAUGGCGAAGUGGAGGAAGUGGAGGCCGGCCAUGAGACGACACCCCCGAGGGACGGGCCACCGUCAGGUGGUAUGGAGGGUGGUGGAGUUCGUGGUGGCACAAAGGCUGUUCGUGCGGAGGGGAUCAGGGCAGCCUUGGGUGUGGGCAUCGCUGGGGCCACUAAGGCAUCACUAACGAGCAUUCCAACACAGCCCCAGGAUGGGGAGGAGAGCAAGGACGAUGGGGACGACGACAGCAACAAAGUCAGUCACAAUGCCGACCCUGACGCCAGCAAGGGCGACGAAAGGGCGAUGAGGGCCGCGGCAACGAGGGCGAGGAGGAGCGUGAUGGCAAUGGUGGAGACGAGAGCGAUGACGACGGGGGAGACGAAAGCGAUGACGACGGCGGGGAGACAAGAGCGACGAUGACAGCGACAGCGCUCACCCCGCCGCGGAGAGCUAGGACGUUUGGGAUAUUUCUUUGUGUUGCAUGUUGGACAUUAUGGUUUGCUGUGUAUGUUAUUUCCUUGUUAAUUUUUCUAUUUCCUCUGCGUGAUUUUUUGGCCGCCUUCGGUUGAGAGGUCAUUGCUCUGAUACCUCAACAUGGACUAUAUCGGGCUCCAUUGUUGUAUUGUACCACUGUGGUGUCGUGUACGUUACUCAGAGUCACAUUGAGGUGCAGUAGACAGAGACUUUUUUAUUGUUUUUGUUAUCAGUGCGGUGGCGCAGGGACAGACUUGUGUGUGUGUGUGUGUUUAUUUGUUUUCCUUGUUUGUGGAGUUCAUAAUCACAUGCAUGACAUUAUCCUAUUAUUAUUAUCAGUGGCGAUGAGAUGCCAGUGACUCUGUCAUUGUGAUGAUGCAUAUGUUUAUGUGCCACAGUCUCCGGGGCCUACCCCCUUCAAACCCUUCACAUCGGUGCGAAUAAAACUGGAAAACAAAAUAACAUGGUAAUA